AUGGAGCUGGAGAAGCCCAAAGGGGCUAUCCCAUGCCAGUGUGGAAGGCGUAAUCCAAGCUGGAUCUGGCUGGUGGAGGGGUGGGGUGGGGACGGUGCUGCAGGCGGGUCUGCGGCGGGCUAUGGGCACAUGGGCGAGCUGCUCAGGCCCCGAUUCCACAUGCUGUGUAGACUCCAAUUACCCGAGGACGAAGAGAUCAAACGGCCCAACUGUGCUCCACGAUAA